CCCAUCUCACUCAUUUAAACCACCACCUCCUCCUCCCCUCCCCAUCCAUCAAACCACCAACUCUACCAACUAAACAGCCCACCACCAAAAUGGGCGGCGACCUCAACCUCAAAAAAUCAUGGCACCCCUCCCUCCUCCGAAACCAAGAGCGCGUAUGGGCAGAAGAAAAACGCGCUCUCGAAGAACGCAAACGCAUCGACCAACUCCGUCGCGAACGCGACGAAGAGCGCCAAAUCCAAGAACUCCAACGCUUGCAUGAAGAUUCAGGGAAACCGAAACAAAUCCAGCGGGUGGAUUGGAUGUAUCAGGAGCCGUCAGGACAGGGGGGCAUGUACGGCGAGGAAAUGGAGGGGUAUUUGUUGGGGAAGAGACGGAUUGAUGGGAUUUUGUUGAAGGGUGGGGAGACGGAGGGGUUGAAGAAGGGGGCUGAGGUGGGAGUUGCGAUGCAGGCGCAAGAUGGGGGGGUUGCGUCGGGGACAAAUCCCAGGGAUACGAUGGCUAAGGUGUUGGCGGAUCCGUUGUUGGAGAUUAGGAAGAGGGAACAGGCGGCUGUGGAGGGGAUGGUUAAAGAGGUGGUUAGGAGGGGGAGAGGGAGAGUAGGAGGGGGGGAGAGGAGGAGUCAUAGGGAUAGAGAGUCCAGGCGGUAUCGGUCUAGGUCGCCUGAGGAGAGGAGGGAGAGGAAUCAUAGGGAUAGAGAUGGAAGGAGGAGUGACCGUGAUCGUGAUCGCAGGGACAGGGACAGGGACAGAGAUGAUGAUAGGCGCAGAGACAGAGACGACAAAGACUACCGGUCCAGACAUCGCGAUCAUCGCGAAGAACGCUAUGACCGGUCUACUCGCCGGGGAUCGCUACAGGACCGCUCGCCUGAGCGUCAUCACUCUGACAGACGCCGGGACGAUAGGAGAGACACUGAUGGGUACAGAGAUACUCGGGACAGAGAUUCGCGGGACGACCGCAGAGACAGACCUCGCUAUCAGGAUAGAAGGGAUUACCGGGGUCCCAGAGACUCGUACCAACGCGAAAGAGCCCCCAAGGUCAGCGCGGAAGAAGCAGAGCAGAAGCGCAAGGCACAGGAGGAAGAGCGUCAGCGCAAACUAGCAGAAAUGCAGUCGAACGCGAGCGAGAUGGAGGAUUCUCGGCGACAGCGCAUUGCCGAGGUCACGGCCAUGGAGGAGAAGAAGCUCGAAGAGGAUGAGAAACACCGCUCUGACAAGGGUCGGUUCGUGGGUGGUCUCCAUCGACAGCUGCAGGAAGACAGUCUGGAUGAUCGCAUCAAGCGCAGUCGUGGUGGGCUGGCUCGGCUGGAUGAGGAUUGAACUGAUGGGAUUCCCCUCCCCUGUGCUCUGGAAGCACUCCAGCUCGUAUGGCAUGAUGGCAGUUCCUCUAUCACGUUAACAAAUUGAUGUAUCAUAUACCAGUUUCUUUUAUUUUGAGCCUUGGCAAUGCAAUAAUUACCUACAACUAAUAGUAACAAGAAUGAACACAGUAAAGGAAAUAUC